AUUCCAACCAUUUCCUUGCUAUAUAUUUGAAGCUCGAUAAGACACGUACACACACACACACAUCUCUCUCUCUCUCUCACUGAGGUAGCAGCAGAUAUGGGGAUGGUGAUAGUGUUAUCUCUGCCUUUGAUUCUUUUUUCAUUACUUCUAGGAUUUGGUUGCUAUCUUUUCGGAAGGGCAAAGGGAAGGAAAGAAGCAUACGCCACCGCUCAAAUUUUCGGGGCCCCAGCUCCGCCGCCGGGAAGUGUCGCCGCCGAUUACCAUCCGCCACUACAACCCCACUUCAAGCCCCACACUUCUGCCAACGUUUAGCGAUGAAAGAGCUUUCUUGUGGACUUCUGUGUGAAAAAAAUUUGGUUAUUUUUGUCAAUCGGGUAUAUUUAUACAUAUGUGGGGUCGUGCUGAAAUUUAAAUUUUUUGUACAUCUUGUAUGAUGAAAUAUUAAUUUCUUUAUGUAUAUUUGUUGAAAUAAUCACAUCCACUGUCUGUUUUUUGUUUGAAA